AGGACUCUGAGACUCACAGCGGCUUAAACAGACAACUGAAUUCACUCUCAAGAGCUGCAUCAGAAACAACCAGAAAAUGUGUAAAGGAUUAGCUGCUUUGCCCCAAAGCUGCCUGGAAAGGGCAAAGGAGAUCAAGUCAAAAUUGGGCAUUUUGCUGCAGAAGCCAGAAAAUGCCAUCGACCUCAUCAUCCCCUAUCCGGAGAAGACUGAGAAGAAGCCGGAGAAGCAGCAGAAGCCUACUCCUGAGGAGGCUGCUCAGUGGCGUGAAUGUCUGGACCGGGUCCUGAACAACAGCUAUGGUCUGGCCGCUUUCCGCAGCUUCCUGCAGUCCGAGUUCAGUGAUGAGAACAUUGAGUUCUGGGUGACCUGCGAGGACUUCAAGAAGACCAAGAACCCCGUGAAAAUGGCCGCCAAGGCCAAGAAGAUCUACGAAGACUUCAUCCAGUCUGAGGGACCCAGAGAGGUGAACAUUGAUCACUUCACCAAGGACGUGACCCUGAGGAACCUGGUGGAUCUCUCCCCUGCUACCUUUGACCUGGCCCAGAAGAGGAUCUUCGCCCUGAUGGAGAAAGACUCCUUUGGUCGUUUCCUUCGUUCUGAGCAGUACCAGGAGCUCCUGGUCAACUAAGCCAGAGCAGAUUCUGAAGAGAUGGGGAGGUUUCAAAUCACAGUUAGUUAAUAUGAAAAUAACAAGACACCAUUUUUAUAAAUUAAGUAUUUCUAAUGAAUUACCUUUUUUAAGUACAGCUCAAGAAACCAAGACUUUUAUUUUACAAAAUAUCAUGGCGAGAAAAUUAUUAUUCCAAAUUUCUAUUUGAAUUUAGUUACAGGGAAAGACUGCAAUUUGAAAUAACCCCACCUCCCCGACCAACACACACAUUCCCAUACACGCACAUUCUUGAACUUCUAUACUAGUGAGGACCUUCCACUGACAACAUUUAUUCCCUCUCCUCUUAAAGAAGUGAGGGUCUCCCAGAAUGACCUCACUUGUCAAAAAUGGCAUCAAAAACUUGAUUGAUUCUCCAAAAAAAGUACAGAAACAACAUAUGUACACACCGGGUCAAGAUCCAAAUCAAAACAGACACCAAUGUGUUUCUCUACGAAAAAAUACAACUCAAUAUAUUCAGUUAUGUCAGUUCUUCACCUUACUCAAAAUAUGCUUGUGACAUUAUCAGAUUAAAACAUUAUCUGACUUAUACAGAGUGUUGUUGCAUCUUUGUCAGACCCGUCGGGACAGUUUUGUAGUUUUGUGUCAUGGAUGACUUUAUGACAAAGAGCCCUAAUGCAGGGCCGUUGCUGGUAAUUUUGUUGCCCCAGGACAGAAAUCUACCAACAAUUAUAUGAAUAAUUAAUUUGAUUCAACUGUAUCAACUUCAGGCCCGUGUCAUGUCAUCAGCAUUACACUCACCUAUGCCCAGAAACGACUAUGCUCUCAUGUCAAAGAGAUUUGGUUGUCGCAAUGAUUGUUUUCAACAGAACGCAAACUUAUACAAGGGGUAACAUUAUAAACUAAAUCAGAAUGAAACAAAUUCAAAUUUGACUGAAAUGAAAAUUAUUUUGCAGUUUGUUCAAAAAUAGCCUGGCCCCAAAAAGAUUCACCUUAAAUAUACGGACCUUUUGAAAUAAUACAUAACCCAGUCCUUCACUGCAGACAUAAACAUCUUAUUUUGACAAUCAUCAGAGUGACUUUUAAGUACUUUGUGAUUUUCCAAGAAGAAGCCUCACUGAUUUUAUUUGAGUGCCUGUAAAGGAUAUGAACUUUAACAUGUUCUGUCUAUGAGAGAAAACCAUUGGGGAACUCUAAAUAGAAUGACAGUCACAGAAUUGGCUGUUUUAAAUCAAUGAAUUCAUUAAAUGUUAUCCAGCAACAAUCAAAUAUUAUAUCAUUUUAAUAAAAUAGGAACCUGUAACAGAGUGGACUCUCUUAUAGUAUCAAUGCACGAGUAAUGGUUACCACAUAACUCUUCUUUUGUCUCUUCAACUCUCUCACACUCACAUAGUCAGUAAUUUUGGAUUUUCACAGAACUCCCUUUUUGGUUGCGAUGAAUCCUGUGAGAGCCAUUCUUAAGAAUAGCGCUGGCUAGUUUGCUCAGUGGUCGAGCUCCUCGGUUACCACUAAACUGCAUGUUGUUAUGAUGGGAAAAUCAAGUAGAAAGGAAUCUGAAAAAAUGACAAGAGCAGUGGUUUUUACAGAGAAAGGUAUUUUUCCCAUGUGAUGUUACCAAAGUUGUAUGUAAGCAUGCUAAGUCAUUAAAAAAAUGUUCAGAUCUAGUUUAAGAGCUAAUUAACCAGUGAAAAACAUGGGACACUUUAAGAGAAUCAUUUUAAGGUUGGCUUUGGGUUGCAAGCCAUGGAGCCCAAAUUUCAGUUAAAAGUCAUAAAGGAAAUUUAAGGAAAUAGCAGCACUGCUAUUAGACAGGUAGAUAUGAAAUGGUUGCAAUUGAUGGAUCUGACAUUAUAUGCACUUUUCACUUUUCUUUUAUUGUGUGGGUAAACACUUUCAACCACAAGUUAUUAUUCAUUACAUGCUUUAAGAAAACAUUGGUUCACCUAAUUUACACCAAGCUGAGGCAUAGAUGGAUGCGAUGGUGGAUUUGGUGUUGGUGUGCAAUGUUUGAGUGUCCUAAAUGUAUACUUUAGUUGAAUGUAGCAAUCGUUAAGUGUGAUUAUAUUUACUCUUUAAUGCUUUUUCAUAUUAGAGAAAAGCAUGUGUAUUAACCAACACAAUAAUACUGUUAUCUAGAUGUUCAGCAUUUUAUAAGUCCUUAUUGUUACCACAAAUAUCCCACACUAAUCCAAGCUGAAAACUAAAAAACAUCUUGAUGAGGAGUCUGAUGUCCAAUUUGUGACUAACAAAAGGGCAUUGGAAAAACAAACGAAUCUAAAAAAGUCAGAGAUCUAUUUAAAUUUAAAACAGCAUUGGUAACGGUCCAUUAUGGCACAGAUUAGCCAGUCUGGUGUCAUAACCCUAAUAAGUCAACAAUCACGUUGCAGAAAAAUCAAUAAGGACUUUAACAGUGCUGAGUAUGCAUCAUUGGAUGUAGUCUUGCAUGUAACCUCUGGAGUCUAUCAUAUAAAAAUAUAUAUAUGCAUACAA